CACUGCAAAUAUAUAAAAUGUUUGCAUCGGUUGAAGUGAAACAUUUAACACGUGCGUUAAAUGCAUUGUUUUACUGAACAAGAAAAAUAUACUAAUUCCAAUUCAGUAGGUGGACAAAUGUUUUGAUUAUUGUUGGCCUUCCAGGUAACCAACAAUAAAUUAAUACUUUUAAAAAUCUGUUUGCUUCUGCCUAUCGUGCAAACCUUUGAAAAGGAAGUUUCUAACUUUCAACUGCUGGGAAUGAAACUGAAAAUGUAACACGCCAAACGUGUAGGAGUCAACCACUAUCAAUGACAACGGGAAAGGUGGCUUCUCAAAAUCGUAAUCCAACAGUGCCAGAUGUUGCAAUGAAUGGCGACACUGUAGAACAAGGGUCUCCGACACAGCCGCGUAGCUGGAAAGAGUUCUGUGAGCUACACGCUCAUGCUGCUGCCAGGGAAUUUGCCAGGCAGUAUUUGCUGUUUGCAAAUGAAAGCCCAAAUCACGACUUGCAAGGGGCUGAAAACUUUUCUUCGUAUUUUACUGAUCUCUUUCAGCAGUACUUCAGGAAUGAGGUAAAGGAGGGAUUUGUAAUGAACAGGUGUAUUGUGGCGCCCUUCACAGGAGUACAGGAUUACAGGGAGACUGGCAGGAAGAAUCCUGAUGGCUCCUCUGGUCUGGUUGUACCUAAGAUGGAUGCUGCGGUGAACAGUGCUGAGGCAUCAGAAAGGGGUUCCGAUGCACACCUUGUGUUUUCAUCGAAAGCCCGAAGCUCUGAAGAUGUUUCUAUUUCUGCGUGCCCCUCGCUUGAGCGACCGAAAGCACUGACGCAGUUUACUAGAACUGUGGGGGGCAGCAUACGCGGCCUGUUCCGGAGAAAAUCCACAGAUUCCACGGUGAUUGAAAGAAGAGGAGCUUCUGCCGUGGCCAACUUUCCUGAAAAGGAGUGGUUGAAACACCUGACUCAUAAGUUCACUCGUUCAAGAACUUCGUCUAAAGAAGAGGUUCACGACAUCCGCAAGGAAGACAUUUUAAAUUAUAUGGUGGUGGAUGAUGUCGGCGUGGACAUUGGAACACGAUGGCAAAAGUGUAGGCUGCUUGUGCGAAGGGCAAAGUCUUGCGAAGGUGGUGGAUACAUCUUGGAGUUGUUUGAUCCACCAAAGUGUUCCAAACCGAAGCACAGUACUCCGUGUUCUGCAAUUACAGAGAUAAGGACAUGCACGCAGCUCGAGAUGCCAGAUAACAUAAACACAUUUGUACUGAAGAUUCUGCAGGUCCAGGUUAAAAGUUACUUGGAAGUAAUCUUUGAGGCUCUCAAUGAUCAGCAGUUGAAUCUGUGGACGACAAAUAUCAGAGAAUGCAUAAAUCUAUGGUCAGAGAGACCUGAUGUGGAGUUACUCCCCACACCUCGCCCUGCCAGUGCACAAACGGCCACUGUGGAUGGCACCGCAGAUUUGAUUCACCAGGGAGCUGCACACCACUGCUCCACAGAACAGCCCUACCACAAGACCGACCAGCUCUUCUCAUCUUACGCCUGGUUUCAUGGCCCAAUCUCCCGAUUCAAAGCGGCACAGCUGGUGCAGAUUCCAGGAACAGAGGGUCAUGGCGUGUUUCUUGUGCGGCAGAGCGAAACGCAGCGGGGAGAAUAUGUCCUCACCUUCAACUAUCGAGGGAGAGCAAAGCAUCUACGACUACUUGUGACGGAGACAGGGAAGUGCCUGGUCCAGCACUUCCGUUUCCCAUCUGUCACAGAGAUGCUGAACUACUUUGGGACGUACGCCAUCCCCUUGGAGUGUGGUACAGCUUGUGAAGUCAAACUGUCCAGCUAUGUGGUGGCCAUUCCUGCCCAGCAAGGAUCAUUUUCACCAAGCAAUGCAUUGGUGCUGCCAUUUAGUGUCCACCGCUCAAACUCCGAACCCAACCUUGCUCACAUGGAUCCUUCAAACUGCAAUGUAUCAGAAGCUCCUCAAAGUCAAGGUGGGCCAGAGCAGGUGUUUCACACGGUGCCCCUGCACGAGGAGUCCUUUGGUGGCUUACGGCGCAGUGGUUCAGUGGUCGUGCCCACGAGGCACCAACGAGACUCAGACUAUGAACUGGAAUCAGCUGCCAGGGGUCGUUCACGGGCCAUUGACAAUCAGUACAUGUUCCUUUGAACAGGUCUGGUAGACGCAUUUGAUAAAUCAACACUGAAAAUGGUUUCAGGUUUUCUCUGAAAACAUGAAUGUAUUUUUCUGUUUCAGGGUGGAGCAGAAGGGAAAGGUGAGACACCUUCAGACCAAAUCCAAGUUUACUCUGAAAUGUAUUCUUUCUAUUAGGCCUGUUGAAGGGUCUGUUUACAGCAUUAACUUUUGUAGCUUUGCUCUUAUUUUUUUCUCUUAACAUAUGUUUUAACUAUGGCCUCGAUAGGCAUCAAAUUAUUGACUUGUACAUUUUGUACAUAUGUAUUGAAUAAAAAGUUUUAAGUACUUCUUUAUAUAAUGUUAUUUCCAUUAACCAGACUAAAACAUAGUAAAGGUAUGUUUCCUAACAUUGCAAUACAAGCACUUGCAGCAUUUAAAGGCUAAUUUACAGUUAUUUUGUUGCGUUUAUAUGUGCUAGUUAAAUGUCUGUAAUUAAGAACGUAUUUGCCUGUGCUUUUGCAAAAGCUUAACUGACAGUUCAGGAUUGUAAACACUAAGGUGAUGUAAUUUCUGGAAUGUUUUGCAAAUUACAGGUGGAAUUCGGCUUUGUUCCCUAUUAUAGUGGCUACUGCAAUAUUCAGAGCAGUUGGGUACAUAGCUUUGGAUAUACGUAAUUGAACCCAGCAAGUCAGGGAUUAUUUUGAAAGGCACAAAAAAGUAAACUCAAAUCAGGUUCCUUUUAAGGCAUAAAGAAUAGUGGAAAAUGUGCAGAGAAGCUAAAUUCAAAUACUGGAUAUCUGAAGCAACAAAUAUUUCUCCUUGUCAUCAAUGGGAGAAGAAAGUUUAGAAAUUACCUUUUCAACAAACAUUGGGCUUACUUUUACAUCGCUUAGCAGUUAAGAAUUUGUAAACCUUUGGGAUCUGAUGUACUGACGAGAGGAAGAUUGAAGGGAGGAGGUUGAUGGGGAACAUAAUCAUAAGAUUGAGUUAAUUGAAAUGUAUCAA